UUUCUUGACUGCGGAGUCCGUAGCGAGUACGCUGCAUCAGCCGCCUUUCCCCAACACUUUCUCCGCGUAUAACUUACAUUACUGCCCUUGAGAUAUUCGGACGAGGAUUCAUACAGAAUCCACCUGAAGAGUCUCGCAACCAUGGAAAGUGACCCUCAGUUGAAAGAGUAUCAUGGCAGUUGCCAUUGUGGCCUUCUCCAGCUCAGGCUCCACAUCCCCAAGCUUACAACCGUGUGGACUUGUAGCUGUCAUAUGUGCGCUCGGAAUGGCUAUCUCUGGGUAUUUCCUGUUCCGGAGAAGGGUCUCGUCAUCGAGACUGGCACUGAAAAGCAAUUGCAUGCCUACGAAUUUGCUAUGAGAGGAACGACGCAUCUGUUCUGCCCCGAAUGUGGGUCGUCGGUCAUGGCACGCAGACGUGAAGCUGCUCCCAACCAAUCUCUAAGAAUCAAUGUCCAAAUGCUAGAAGGCGCCGACUUGACAACACUAGAAGUGAAAAGUUUCAGCGGGGCAGACGUAGGUCAAAAUCACCAAUCUCCUCAGCUUCCUUCCUCCCAAGUAGUCACCACGGAUGAGGAAGAGCUGAAGAUAUAUCAUGGUAACUGUCAUUGCGGAGCCUUCAAAUUCAGCGCCAAAAUUCCAGAACUGAAGAGUGCGAGAACCUGCAAUUGCAGUCUUUGCCUUAGGAAGGGUUCCAUGUGGCAUUGGCCAGUCCCGGAAGAGAACCUGGUUGUGGAAAAAGGAGAAGGAACUUUGAGAUCCUAUGAAUUUGGAAGUAAGAACACGACACACUUGUUCUGCCCAACAUGCGGAUCUUCCAUUUUGGCCAAGAAAGCCAAUCUCCCACCUGGGCGACAAAUAGCCAUAAAUAUUCGGAUGUUUAAUGGCAUCGACUUUGAUUCUCUUGAAGAUAGUAAGUUUGACGGUGCUAGUCUGGGUUCUAAAUACAUACCUCCACCUGUCCCGGAACAUGGUGGUGAGAUAGAGGAGGGUAUGAGAGUCUAUAAUGGCAACUGUCAUUGUGGCUCCGUCACGUACACGGUGAAAAGUAAACCGCUUGGGGAGUUGAAAGUCAUGAGCUGUAACUGCAGUUUAUGCUCUCGCAACGGCGAUCUGUGGAUCUAUCCCGCAACCACAAAUGUGCAAGUUAGAGGCGCAGAGAAUCUAACAGAAUAUACCUUUCUCUCCAAACAGUCCCCCCAUUGCUUCUGCAGCAAGUGCGGAGUUUCGAUGCUGGUGAAAGUCCAGGGGGGAGAGAAGAUGCCAAUCAAUGUACGCACCAUGAAUGGGAUCGAUUUAUCGACUUUGAUUCUACAGCACUAUGAUGGGAAGGCAAAGGAUCCGCAAUACACAGUGUGAGAAGUGGUUACUUGGACAGAGGGAAUACGUAGAUGCGGAUUGGGGAAAGGGGGA